UUUGGAUUUUUAUUCUUAUGCCGGAAUAAUCGCCGAAGAAGCUAUUUCAACCAUUAGAACUACUGUAGCCUUUGGUAUUCAACAGAAACUCUCUAAACUUUACGAUGCUUACUUAACUGAUGCAAGAAAAGAAGGUUUUAAAAAAUCUUUAUUUAAUGGGUUUUCUAUUGGCAUAAUGAACUUUGUCAGUGCUGCAACUCAUGGUUUAGCUUUCUGGUUUGCUUCUACAUUAAUUAUUAAUCAAGAAAUAUCUCCCGGACAAGCUGUUAAUUUACUCUUAACAUUUUUAUAUGGUACUUUCUACCUUGUUUAUUUUUUUGGUGAAUUUCAAACUCUUAGUCUUGCUGCUAGCGCUGGCUCAAAAAUAUUUGGAACUAUUGAUCGUGUUCCCUCGAUUGAUAUUUCUUCUGAUACUGGAGAUAAGCCUGAAAAUGUUGUAGGUCACAUUCAAUUUAAAAAUAUAAAUUUCGUUUAUCCGACUCGUUCUGGUAAAAGUACGAUUAUGUCUCUUAUACUUCGUUUCUAUGAUCCUAUCUCUGGUGGCGUAUUUCUUGACGGACAUGAUAUCAAAUCUCUUAAUUUAACUUGGCUUAGGAGACAAAUAAGUUUUGUAAGUCAAGAAUCUGUACUUUUUAAGACUACUAUAGCUGAAAACGUAUCUUAUGGAUUGAUCGGUUCUAUUUAUGAAAAUUUACCAAAUAAUAAAAAGCGUGAAAUGAUUGAAAAUGCUUGUAAGAUAGCUAGUGCUCACGAUUUUAUUAUGAAUCUUCCUGAUAAAUAUGAAACUAUAGUUGGUGAACGUGGAAUUUUAUUAUCUGGCGGUCAAAAACAACGCAUCGCGAUUGCUCGUGCUAUUAUUAAAGAUCCAAAGAUUUUAUUACUCGAUGAAGCUACCAAUGCUCUUGAUACACAAUGUGAGGUUAUAGUCCAAAAUGCAUUAGAUAAAGUCUCAAAGAAUCGCACAACAAUAGUUAUUGCCCAUCGUUUAUCUACUAUUCGUAAUGCGACAAAGAUUAUUGUAAUGAAUAAAGGUGUUAUUGUGGAAAUGGGUACACACAAAGAGCUCAUAGACAAAAAAGGUUUUUACUAUAAAUUUGUUGAAAUUCAACAGAUUAAACAGUCUUUAAAAGUUGAAGAAAAUCUUAAUAUACAGAAAUCAUUUAUAACUCCGGUGAAAGAUGAUGCUACUGAAUCAUCCAAAAAUGUAGAUCACCCGAUUACUCAAAAAUUUGACGUUGAAAUGGGAUUGAAGCAUGAUUAUAAUUUUACUGUUUGGGAAUUGAUUAAGAAGAUAGCAUCCAUUAAUAAGCCUGAACAACUUAUGCUUUCCAUAGGUAUAAUAUCAUCAAUUAUUUGUGGUUGCCUUUACUCAGCCUACGCCAUUAUCUUUGGUAACAUUAUUCAAGUAUUUUCAGAAACUGGAGAUAUUUUACAUCAUGAUGUAACUUUCUGGGCUUUUAUGUUCCUUGCACUCGCUGUGAUAAACUUUUUUGCGUAUUUUACCCAAAAUGUUACUCUUGGAUUUUCGAGUGAAAAACUUAUCGAACGAAUUCGAUCUAUGUCUUUUGCUUCUAUUUUACGACAAGAUAUUUCCUUCUUUGAUGAAGGAAAUCAUGGUGUAGGUGCUUUAACUAGUCACUUGUCAUUAGAUAUAACUUAUAUUAACGGUUUAGCUGGUUUUAGAUUUGGAAAUAUAUUACAAGUACUAGUUACAAUCUUUGCUUGCGUCACGUUGGCUCUUAUAAUUGGUUGGAAGCUCACUUUAGUCUGCUUAGUUUCUGCACCCUUAAUGUUUUGUGCCGGCUCAUUACAUGUAGCAAUGAUAAACGGUUUCCAUCAAAAAACUAAGAAAGCUUAUGAAUAUUCUGCGCAAAUAGUUUGUGAAGGUGUUGAUAAUAUUCGAACGAUUGCUGCUCUUACUCGUGAAGAUGAUUUAUGGAAAAUAUAUCAUAAUUUACUAGAUGAACCCAUGCGCCAAGGUUUUAAUAAUGCUUUCUUGGCCUCCAUCACCUUCGCGUUCUCAAAUAGUAUCUACUAUUUAGUAGAAGCUUUAGUAUUUUGGUAUGGUACUAAAUUGUUCAUUGAUAACGAAUAUGAUCUCUUCAAAAUGUUUACGAUUCAUACCGCCAUUAUAAUGGGAACAUCAUUUGCUGGUCGUAUCUUUGUUAAUACUUCAGAUAUAACAAAAGCAAAGUCUGCAUCUGCUACCAUAAUAUCGUUAUUAGAACGUGUUCCGAUGAUUGAUACAUGGUGUCAAAGUGGUGAAAAAUUUAAAAUUGUCACUGGUCACCUUAAAUUUUCUGAUGUUUAUUUCCAUUAUCCGACUCGACCUAAUGCUCCAGUUCUUCAAGGUUUAAAUUUAGAUGUCAAACCCGGUCAAUUCGCAGCAUUAGUUGGCCCAUCGGGAUGUGGUAAAAGUACUAUAGUAAGUCUUAUUGAAAGAUUUUAUCGAGUGACGAGUGGUAAAGUUACAAUUGAUGGAUUAAAUAUUGCUGAAAUGAAUGUGAACAAUCUUCGAGAGCACAUUGCUCUUGUAAGUCAAGAAAUAUCAUUAUAUGAUAUGACUAUAAAGGAAAAUGUUGUUUUAGGUUGUCGACCUGGACAAAAUAUUACGCAAAAUGAAAUAGAAAAGGCAUGUCGAGAAGCAAAUAUUCAUGAAUUUAUUAUGAGUUUACCUGAUGGUUAUGAUACAUGUGUUGGUAAAAGAGGAUUACAACUUUCCGGUGGUCAAAAGCAACGAAUUGCCAUUGCCAGAGCACUUAUUCGAGAACCAAAAAUUUUAUUACUCGAUGAAGCAACGUCAGCUUUAGACUCAGAAUCAGAAAAAUUUGUACAAGAAGCUCUUGAUGCUGCUGCUCGUAAGAGAACAACCUUAGCAAUUGCACAUAGAUUAUCAACAAUUCAACAUGCUGAUAUUAUAUUUGUUAUAAAAGAUGGAAAAGUUCAUGAACAAG